AUGGAUGGUGAAGAGGUUCAUGUUCAAAUUGUGACAUAUGCAAUGCAAGGCCACAUUAACCCUAUGCUCAGGCUCGCAAAACGCCUCGUAGCAAAGGGCCUUCAUGUAGUUCUUGCCACCACUGAAAAUGGGCGUUAGUGCUUGCUCAAUUUCAAAACCUCCGUCACCCAAGAAACCAUGCCGGCUAAAAGCCCUACAUUCAACCUUGAGUUUUUCUCCGAUGGACUUAGUGAUGAAUUUGAUCGCGACAAGUAUCUCGACUCUUUCUUUGAGUCCCCACAAACUGUAGGGUCGAAAAAUCUCUCAAAUUUAAUUACCGAUCUCAAAGCCAAAUGCAAUAAAAUUUCCUGUAUAAUUACCAACCCCUUUAUGCCAUGGGUGCCCGGUAUUGCUGCAGAACAUGAUAUCCCUUCUAUAGUGCUCUGGAUACAAGCUUGUGCAGUCUACUCCAUCUAUUGUCAUUACUUUAAGCAUCCAUAUCUAUUUCCAUCGUUAGAAAACCAAGACGACGUUGUAGAGUUGCCUAAUAUGCCAAUGUUACUAGUAAGGGAUCUUCCUUCCUUUAUCCUUCCUUCUUGUCGUAUUGGUUUGAGAACAUUGGCAGAUUUCGUUCAAAUAUUGAAUAAGGUCAAAUGGAUUCUCGGGAAUUAUUUCAACGAGCUAGAGGAGGAUAUAGCAGGGUCAAUGGCUUCUCUUCGUCCAGUUAUUCCUAUCGGUCCAUUAGUGUCACCAUUUCUGCUAGGACAAAGAGAAACCGUAGUGGUUAGCAUGGAUUUGCGCAGUCAUGAAGAUUAUUGCAUAGAAUGGCUCGACAAGAAGCCGCCUUCAUCAGUUAUUCACAUAUCAUUUGGCAGCAUAAUCGUAAUGACACAGAAUCAAAUUGAUAGCAUCGCUACGGCAUUACGGAAAAGCGAUCAACCAUUUGUUUGGGUUAUUAAGUCCCCAGAGAAAGGUUCUUCAAAGAAAAGUGGUGCAUUGCCAUCUGGGUUCCUGGAAGAGACAAAGGAAAGAGGUUUGGUAGUAAAAUGGUGUCCUCAAGAGAAAGUAUUGAUGCACUAGGCUAUGGCUUGCUUCAUGACUCAUUGUGGGUGGAUUUCAACCCUAGAAACCAUCGUGGCCAAGAUGCUUGUCAUUGCUUAUCCGGAGUGGACAGAUCAAUCAAUCGAUGCAAAACUUUUGGUUGAUGUUCUGAAGAUCGGCGUGAGAAUGAGAAAUGGGGAAGACGAAGCUCUUGGAGUAAAAGAGGCGGAAAGGUGUAUUAUGGAGAUGACUGAUGAAACGACGGCAACACACAUGAAAAAGAGGGCUACUGCUUUGAAGGAGGCAGCAAAGAAAGCCGUAGAGGAUGGUGGUUCUUCAGAUCAGAAUAUCAAUAAUUUUAUCAAUGAAAUAAAAGGAAAAUCUUUGUAG